AUGAAAUUCAACUACCUCGCCACCGUCCUCCCUCUCGGGCUCCUCUUGACGCUCGCUGGGGCCACACCCAUCGACAAUGCCAACCUCGCCACCCGCGACGCCGGUGACGCGAUCCCCGCGACCGCCAACAAGGACACCCUCAAGCGCCAGACCCUCGACAUCUCCUUCUGCCUGAUCGAAUGGUCCAUCAUCCAUACCGGUGGCGAUCGUCCUUUGACAGAUGAUGAACAGCGCGUCGCACGUGAUAACUGCUAUGGGUGUGGACAACCUGAUUGUUAG